AAACGAUUAUAACCCAUGUCAGGAAUGUGUUAGCGAGUGCUUAAGGUCCAUCUGGAGUGUUUAUAGUUAAAAUUAAGACAGACAUUGUCGAGUUUUGGGCCAAUUAGCGCCCAAAGGAAUGCGUAACGUUACUGCUGGACUGAAGACGGGUUCAGUCUCUAUACAGACGUAAACAAACCUGUUAACACCUUGAAGGAUAUAAUUCGUGUUUAGAACAUAUAAUGUGCGGAGUUGCUGAAGAACAGUCAGCUCUUCCAAGCUCUUAGUAACAUCUGAAGUCUGAAGUGUUUGCUUUGGCCUCAUAAAGACACCAGCGGAGAAUUUUACAGCAUCCGGAUUGCUUUAGACUCACUGUCACACAAAAACGUCCUGAUAUCAUUUAGAGAAGGAGGUUCUGCAGCAUUAUCAUGACGUGUCGGGACCGCACACUUGAGUUCCAGUCGGCUUGUAAGUCACUGCAGGGGAGACAGUUACAGAAUGGGACUCACACUAAACCUGCCAUUAAUGCCAUUAAACAGCGCAGUGACUUCACUCUUAUGGCCAAGCGAAUUGGGAAAGACUUGAGCAACACGUUUGCCAAGCUUGAAAAGCUUACAAUUUUGGCUAAGAGGAAGUCUUUGUUCGAUGAUAAAGCAGUGGAGAUUGAGGAACUAACGUACAUCAUUAAACAGGACAUCAACAGUCUGAACAAGCAGAUAGCGCAGCUGCAAGACUUUGUACGAUCCCGGAGUGGGCAAAACGGCCGCCACAUCCAGACACAUUCCAACACAAUUGUUGUCUCCCUGCAGUCCAAGCUGGCAUCAAUGUCAAACGAUUUCAAGUCAGUCCUGGAAGUGAGAACAGAGAAUCUGAAGCAGCAGCGCAGCAGAAGAGAGCAUUUCUCCCAGGCCCCUGCCUCAGCCUCUCCUCUGCUCACCAAUAACUUCAACAGCUCCGUUCUGAUGCAGGAUGAGUCCAGGAGUCUGGGAGGAGAGGUGGCCAUCGACAUGGACUCUAGAGCAAACCCUAUGCAGCUGCAGCUCAUCGAUGAACAGGACUCGUAUAUCCAGAGCCGAGCAGAUACCAUGCAGAACAUCGAGACCACCAUUGUGGAGUUGGGUUCCAUCUUUCAACAGCUGGCCCACAUGGUCAAAGAGCAGGAAGAGACGAUUCAGAGGAUUGACGCCAAUGUGGAGGACACCCAGCUGAAUGUGGAAAUGGCCCACACUGAGAUACUGAAGUACUUCCAGUCUGUCUCCUCCAAUCGCUGGCUCAUGAUCAAGAUAUUCCUCGUUCUCAUCAUCUUCUUCAUCAUCUUUGUGGUCUUCCUCGCCUGAGAAGGAGCGACCUUGAGUGUAAGGAGGGAUGAAAACGGAGCCAAAGGUUUUGAAGGAGGGAGGAGAAGGUUAUGGACUUAUGGGCGAAUGUGCAAAAACACAAGUAGACUGUGCCACAGGGGACUCUGGCUCCCGGGGGGAGGGUGUGGUGGGGUGGGAUGAUUUUAGUCAGAGGGACUUGAGUCAGAUGUUAAUUCUGUCACUGUCGACUUUCACUCUCUUGCACUAGAGGGUGAUGGAGGAUGAUGCUGAUGAAGGAGGACCUGAGAUUUACUGUGUAUUUAUAAAAAAAGAGAGAGAGCGAGAGAGAGAGAGAGAGAGAGAGAGGUAGUGUUCUGAUUCACUCUGUUCUCUUUAAGCUUCAUCUACAUCUGAAUGAAUAGUUGAGCCUUCGUUUGUUAUUAAUGAUCGCAUAUUAAAAGAGAAGGCUUUUUCCCCAAGUGGUUUGAUUCUCCAAACUGCUUUAGUUGGUAUUUCUCAAUGUUAUCCGGAAUCAGCGAUAACAAAUUGUUUCUUCUUUUUUUCCUUUAAAUUAAAUGUGACCUGGUUAUCCUCAUAAAAUACUCCUGAUAAUAAUAAUUCCCCCAUUAAUCUUUAUUAAUAUUGUUAUUGUAUUUAUAUCAUAAAUACAGGCAGUUAUUUGCAACUUAUAAGUGAAUCUCACAAAGGAAUAUCAGUCAUAUUUUACCCCCCAAAAUUUGAUAGGAAAAAUAAUUAAUACAAAAAGUGAUGUGUUUCUAGGACCUUUGACUUUUUUUAUGAAAACUAAGUUCUUAUAUGUAAUGUGAAAACAAUACUGUAUAAUGAUAUUUAUUAGGCUAUAUCUAGCAUGAUUUUUAUUUUAAUUAUUAAUAAUAGUAUGAAUUAAAUUAAGUACAAACAAUGCUACCUUAUUAUGUACUUAUAAUAAAUGUACAAAUAAAUUUAUAAAUUGAAUAUUUUUCUUUCACAUUACAUUUAUGGGAAUUUGGGGGGAAAUGUGCUUAGUUGUCAUUAAGAUAAUGCCACAAUGCAAAAAAAGAUAUAUAUUUUGAUGGUCCUAAAAAAAUAGAAAUUUUUCUUUUGUGGGUGGGGAAAUAUAAGUCUGAUAUUUUCUGAUCAUUUUCAUCAGAUUCUUCUUUCUUGUGUUAAGGCCUUUUGAUUGCAGGCUCUGUAAAUAUGGGGUCUGUAAUGUUAUAUACUGUUUAGAGAAUUUCAGUUUGUUUCUUUUUUCUUUUUUUUAUUCUGCCAAAUACACAAGAAGGAGUUCGAGGAAAUUGCCUGGUCUUAUGAUUUUGCUUUGUGCAGGAAUAAACAAGGUGCGAAUGAAGACCAGAGUUUUAUACAGUACUAUAGAAUUUAAAAGAUCAUACUGUGGUUUAAGUAGCCCAAAGAGACUCCAGACAGGUCUAAAGCUAUAAACGGCUCAUUCAUUACAUCAGGAUAUGUUUGGUGAUGAAACCGACCGGUACUCUGAGAACUGAACGCUGGAUGUGUUUCCUUCAUUUGAGAGGAGCAGCUUUGGCCGGAUGAACAUUCUGGCCGCCUGCACAAAGAACCGAAGAUCAGCUCCUUCAUGCUGUGAAUAAUGAAACCGGAAAGGGAGCUGGCAGACAUGAUGUCUUCUUCACUUAGAAGCAGGAUUUUCUAGGUCAAACUUUCUAAUUUGGUAAAUCACAGACUUUCUCUCUCCCACACAUGCCACACUAUCUCAAAUCAAACUCAUGAACGAUGUACAGUGAUUAUUUAAUGAGCACUUUUUUAUGGGGACUCCCGUUUCCAGGCUUUUUUAGCUGAAUGGUCUGCAUCUCUUGUAUAAACUGAGCAAACACUGUUGUAAUGUAAGGACAAACAGUACAUAUUAAAACCCAUCUGAGAAACUAA